CAGCGCGCGCAGAAUGGGUCAAUCAUGGGCCAAGCCGGUUGGACCGAAUACGACUUCCAUGCAUCAGUCUCACACCCCCCUUUGGAACGCUGCUAGGCUGGGGGCUAGCAGUUGCCCCCAAAGGGUAGGUCCACGAAUGAUCCCACUCCCACCGCUGGACGAAUGGAACCUGCUAGCAGGGGGUCCGUUCCGGCAUGCUUUUGAUACCCCAGACGAAAAACAUAGUCUACCUUCGAUGCUGGCCUCCGCUGCCCGCUUGCUCAUUCCCUUUCUGACUUGAUCUCCAUCUCUUCGCCAUCACUCUUCUGGUUUCUCCUCCGCGCCUCAACCUGGGAUGAGACCAUCUUCUCACAUCCUGUAACCAUAAACGAGACGUCCCUUAAUCCCAUAGAUCGAAACCCUAUCAAGUCAGCAAAGAAUGGAGUAUUUCGACUUCGAUGAAGCCUCAUAUGACUCCCACGUGCGCGAAGAUGAUGUUGCUUCGGACAAUAUUGAGCUCGACGAGAACGAGGCUGUGGAGAACUUCAAUGUCUUGUUUCAAGAACAAACCCUAGAGUUUCCCAACGACCUGCCGGAGCCCGAUGCCGGCGCGCUGGAUAAUGGAGUCCAACCGAUGAGCCGCGCCAAAGACCCAUGCGACUUUUGCAGACAUAUGGGUCUGGAUUGCUUCGUUGCAAAGAGUGGCGUCAUGCGCCAAAGUGGUUGCACCUGUUGCAUCUCGCUCUACCGAGAAUGCAGCUUCACGCAUGCUCCAGCGCCGGGCAAGUUCCUGGACACCUUACAUCCAAUCAACGAGAACGCCUACAUUCACACUGGCGGGUUGACGGGCAAGAAAGCGCUCAAGUCUCUCUCCUACAUCGCCGAAGAUGAUGGUCGAGCGAGGAAAAGCAAUUCUCGACUGUCGCGUGAAGCGGUCCGCAUCCUCAAGGCAUGGCUGCAAGAGCAUAGCGAGCACCCGUACCCAACGGAGCCCGAGAAGGACGAGCUACAGCAACGCACGGGAUUGAAGAGAAUCCAAAUCUCCAACUGGCUUGCCAAUGCUCGACGCCGCGGCAAAGUCCGCCCCGCUCCACCCAGCAAUCCUUCGACGGGCGCAAUUGACAUUCCCGGGCAACAAGGCGUGGACGUCGCGUACAUGACGCCCCUGGAGCGUUGGAAACACUCGCCCCCGGAAAACGAACCCGCUGCCACCUCUGAUAUUCUGCGAGCCUUGGUGAGCACCGACCUGAAUCAUGAGCGACAGCGCUCGUCCAGGCCGGGUCACGUGCGUUCCCUUUCUCGGAAGACUGGGUCUAGCAAUGACUCAAGCCAUGCCAACUCCAAUCUGUUCCAAGCUCCCUCGGUUAGCAGUCAGGAGACUAGUCGGUCGGCCAGUCGCUCUUCCUUAUCCGACCUCUCCUUUGCCUCUGCUUUCUCCCAUCGAUCCUCUCUCGGGUCCUUUGGUUCGAUGGAGCGGAAGGAACGCCGUCGCCGUCGCAAGCCCUCACUUCCGGUGAAUGCCUUCAACCAACAGAAGGCACGAAGUGCCCGGAUCUAUCAAUGUACCUUUUGCACCGACUGUUUCCAGACCAAGUAUGAUUGGCAACGUCAUGAGAAGUCACUGCAUUUGGCUCUCGAGAAGUGGACUUGCUCGCCGCUCGGGGGUGUCGUCGCCAUUGAUGGUGCCAACCGCUGCGUAUUCUGCAUGGCCGUCAACCCCGAUAACAAUCACCUGGAAUCGCACAAUUACAGCACCUGUCAAGAGAAAACGCCCACGGAGAGAACCUUCUACCGGAAGGAUCAUCUCAACCAGCAUCUAAGGCUGAUGCACAACGUCAAGUUUGACUCAUCCAUGGACGCUUGGCGGAGUACUAUGAUCGAACUCAAGUCUCGAUGCGGCUUCUGUGGGCUGGGACUCACAACCUGGAAAGAUCGUGUCGACCAUCUGGCCUCCCAUUUCAAAAACGGCAGUACGAUGGCCCAAUGGCAAGGGGAUUGGGGCUUUGAGCCGUUUGUCCAGAGCCUGGUGGAGAAUGCCAUGCCGCCAUACCUCAUUGGAGGCGAACAGAAGACUCUUAACCCUUUCAAACCGCCCACUGCUGAGCAAUCUUCGGGUUUGGUCCAACCGGAGGACGAAAACUGUUAUCGCCGCCUGCAGCGUGAACUCACUGCAUUCAUUCACAACCAAACGGCUAUUGGUGUCAUUCCCACGGAUCGGAUGAUCCAAGACCACGGCCGGCAGAUCAUCUAUGGAAGUGACGACCCCUGGAAUCAGACAUGUGCCGACAACCCUGUCUGGCUUAGCCUUCUGAAGCGGGAUGCUGGUCUCGAGAUCAUGCCAGGCUCCGAGCAUAUUCAGUUCGCCGACCUGGAGAUGCGACCACCGUUUGCUGCUGCUGAGGGCCUAAGGCAGCCGCCAGCUGAAAGCAGCCUAUUAGCCAGGUCUUUUUACCCCCAGCAACGGACAUUCAGCCCCAUGACUCCCAGUUCUGGCCUCCAGAGCCCCGCGUUCGUAAACGGUCGGUCUUCCGCUGCGGCAAGUGCCCCUGGCAGCUCUACUGGCAGCUAUGCGGAAAGUUCGAGCUUUCUUCCUUCCCGGCCGUAUUCCAGGCUGUCUGCCGACUGGGGAAGCAGUCUGUCUGCUGGCGUGGCUUCCCUAUCCACGCCCUUGAGUGGUUCUGUUGACCAGUUUGUGCAAAUGGGAUUUGACCCGGAAUUCCUGAAACAGCUGAAUGAGCGGUAUGAUGAGUUGCCGUUGGACGAUCUGCAGGGCUUGAGUUUUGAGGACAGUCGACGCGAGGGUGAGCAACAACCUCCUGGGAAGCCUUUUCCAGUCUCCAACCCUGCUUCUGUCCCGAUUGCUAUCCCUAGCACACGGAGCCCGGAUACAUUCAUGUCAGAUACCCCCGACCAGGGCUAUCCGGGGGUGCAUGGGGCAUGAUCGGGCAUGUCGAAGUUUGAUGACGGGGGAAGGUUGAUAUGGCAAGUGUAGAUAGUGACGACUGUUCCCCUUGUGUUUGAAGAGCCAUUGUUCCGAGCGUGUUCUCGCAAUUUCAACUGGAGACUUUCAUUUGUGGCAGGAACUUAAAAUAUGUACUGGAGAGCGACAAUUAAUAUACCCUAUUCCGAUG